GCAACGUCCCUGAAAGUUGGCAUAUGCUAUGUGACAGCAGGCAAGGUAUAUCCUCGAUUCUAUUUUUCGGUCCCAAACGUUUCCAAAAAACCUGAAAAUAAAUUAAGAGGAAUCUUAACUAGCAUAAAAGUCACAAUGCCAGGCAAUUCUGAGGGCAAAUCUGUAUCUACUAGGUCGGAAGCAAAUACAGGCGAUCAAAUAGUUGUAAGUGGCAAAACUGGUGAUGAAGAAAUGCCCACAAAUCAAGAGGAAAAAAAUAGUGGCGUGGAAAGGAGGGAAGAUUGUAAAAAGUCUAAAAAAGAAAAAGAAAAAAACAUUUCGAAGAGCAAAAAUACCAUUGAGGAAAAAGAAGAUUCGGGCUCGGAAUCUUCGUCAUCAUCGUCAGAUUCUGCAUCAUCCAGCUCCAGUGGUAGUAGUGAUGGCGAAGUGUCUUCAUCUUCUGAAUCCUCAUCCGACAGUGAUGAGGUCGAUGCGAAGGAUGAAGCCCAGAAUUCACCUAAAGAUGGACAAUUGUCGGAAAGAAAGAAAAAUGAGAAUGAAAUUAAGAACCAUCGACUAGCCAAAGACUCCAAGGAAAACGUUGAGAAAAAUGUAGCUUCUAAGGAAGACAAUGAACAUAAGGACCAAAAUGGCAAUGAGCAACAAAUAAAUAAUCAAGAAGAUGUGGCAAAUAAAUCGCCAGUUGGAAGUAAAAUUAAAGAAACAGAAGAAGGUGAAAUUGAGGAGGAGGACAAACAGCAGGGAAGCAAUGAAAAGAUUACACAAACACAUGUAGAGAUAAAUACAAAAAGAUCUGCAUCAAAAUCGCGUAGCCCUUCUGGAGAAAAAGAAUUGCACAGAGAUCAAACAAAUCAUAGCUUAGGAAAGAGCUCCCGCUCCUCAUCAAAAAGCCCAAAGGAAAGAAACAGUAAGCAAGCUAUACCAAGCGACUCUAGGCAUCAGAGUCCCCAAAAGCAGCGAGAACGAAAACAACGAUCCAAAUCCAUAUCAAGAAGUCGAAGUUAUUCUCGCGGUCGUAGUCGCAGUCGAUCCAGAUCCAGACAAACAGAACGCAAGCGACGUUCUCGUUCAUCUAGACGUUCACAUUCUGGAGAAAAACGAAGCAAUAAAAGGGACGAACGACGUCGUUCGCCAUCUUCGGAUUAUGAGAAGAGAAGUUCUGCACGCUCUGCCUCUCUAGAAAAGAGACGCGAAGAGCGCAAAAGGCGCCAUGCUGAACGAGAUGAAAGAGAAAAGGCCGAUCGUUACAAACAAAACACUGAUGAUUCCUCCAAAGCCAACAAUGGGAACACCAACAAAUCUCUUAAGGACACUGAAAACGACAAUUCGACUGUAACUGAUCCAAAGGCUAAAAUAACGGAACGUCAGCGUAAAACUGUGGACAUACUAACAUCACGCACUGGAGGUGCUUACAUACCGCCAGCCAAGUUGCGUAUGAUGCAGGCUGAAAUAACGGACAAGUCAUCGGCAGCUUAUCAGCGUAUCGCUUGGGAGGCUCUCAAAAAGUCCAUACAUGGCUAUAUCAAUAAGGUCAACGUUGACAAUAUAGCAAUUAUUACACGAGAGUUGCUUAAGGAGAAUAUAGUUCGAGGCAGGGGCCUACUUUGCCGUUCAAUUAUACAAGCACAGGCAGCUUCACCCACAUUUACACAUGUCUAUGCAGCGCUGGUGGCUAUUAUCAACUCCAAAUUCCCCAAUAUAGGAGAGUUGUUGCUGAAACGUUUGGUCAUACAAUUUAAGAGGGCUUUUCGACGCAAUGACAAGGCUGUUUGCUUGUCAUCAUCACGUUUCAUAGCCCAUUUGGUAAAUCAACGUGUGGCCCACGAAAUAUUGGCUUUGGAAAUAUUAACGCUUUUGGUUGAAUCUCCCACUGAUGACAGCGUGGAAGUAGCCAUAGCAUUUCUCAAGGAGUGUGGCAUGAAGCUCACUGAGGUAUCCUCCAAGGGUAUAGGGGCAAUUUUUGAAAUGUUAAAAAAUAUCCUGCAUGAAGGAAAACUGGAUAAGCGUGUACAAUACAUGAUAGAAGUGGUAUUCCAAGUGCGCAAGGAUGGCUUCAAGGAUCAUCAGUCGGUCAUAGAAUCCUUAGAGUUGGUAGAAGAAGACGACCAGUUUACGCACCUGUUAAUGUUGGAUGAUGCCACAACACCAGAAGAUGUUUUGAAUGCAUUCAAAUUCGAUGAACAGUACGAAGAGAAUGAGGAAAAAUACAAGGGCCUGAGUAAAGAAAUCCUUGGCAGCGACGCCUCAGAUUCCGGUGAUUCUGAUGACUCCGGCAGUGGCUCGGAUUCGGAUUCCUCUUCCGGCUCGGAAGACAAUGACAAAAAUGAGGAUAAACCAACAGCUGGCGAUAUCAUCGACAAUACUGAAACCAAUCUCAUUGCCCUUAGACGUACCAUUUACUUGACCAUUAAUUCCAGUUUGGAUUAUGAGGAAUGCGCCCACAAACUAAUGAAAAUGCAAUUGAAGCCGGGACAAGAAAUCGAGCUUUGCCACAUGUUUUUGGAUUGUUGUGCCGAACAAAGAACUUAUGAAAAGUUUUAUGGCCUGUUGGCCCAGCGUUUCUGUGCAAUAAACAAGUCUUACAUAGAACCCUUUGAAGAGAUAUUUAAAGACACCUAUCAGACCACACAUCGAUUGGAUACCAAUCGUCUUCGGAAUGUGAGUAAAUUUUUUGCUCACUUAUUGUUCACCGAUGCCAUAAGUUGGGAUGUUUUUGAUUGCAUACGUCUAAAUGAAGAUGACACCACAUCUUCAAGUCGCAUAUUCAUUAAGAUAUUGUUCCAAGAAUUGGCUGAAUACAUGGGUCUCAGCCAGCUGAAUAAAAAAUUAAAAGAUGAGGUUUUAGCUGAGAGUUUGUCCGGUCUGUUCCCCAAGGAUAAUCCUCGCAAUACCCGUUUCUCCAUUAAUUUCUUCACUUCCAUUGGCUUGGGUGGAUUGACUGAUGAAUUAAGACAAUUUUUGAAAAAUGCCCCCAAAUCGGUGCCAGCCAUAAAUGCUGAAAUUUUGGCAAAUAAGCCUGUGAAUUGUUCCAAUUCUUCUUCAUCUUCAUCGAGCUCCUCUUCGUCGUCAUCCUCAUCAUCUUCAUCAUCAACAAGUGAGUCUAGUGAUUCAUCUUCCGAGUCAUCCAGUGAUUCGGAGGCUCCAAAAAAGAAACGCAAGGGCAAAAAACAAAAGUCAAAGAAAUUGUCUACUAAAAACAAGGAAAAGGCUAAAAAAUCAAAACGUGGAAACAAGGAGAAUACAAAGAAUGCAAAGAAAAGCAAAAAAUCGAAAAAAGUAGAAACUUCGUCAUCAUCAUCCGCUAGCAGCAGUGAUACAGAAAAAUCUGCAAGUUCCAGCUGUGAAAGUGCAAGCGAAAAAAAGCACAGCAAGAGAAAGAACAUGAAAUCUCCACCAAAAGAGAAAAACAGUAAAAAGCACCAGCGAUCGGAAGCAGAUGAAGACAGUGACCACCAAUAUAAACCCAAGAAACGAGUACAUAGAGAAGAAACUGAAAGUUUAAUGGAGAAGAAACGGUCAGAAUAUGUUGACAACAAACAGAGGGGAGACAGAGAACCAGAAAAGCGUACAGUGCCGCAACAACGUAGAAAUAGUGAGAUAGAAAGAAGAAGGGAGGAAAGGGAGAAACGUCAUCGUGAAAGAGAAAACAAACGAUCGCGUUCACCAUCACCUGCACGACGAACAUCUCGCGAAGAACGUGACCGAAGAGGGGAUGAUAGGAGGGAAAAAGGCCGAGACUUGGACCGUCGGCGUAUACGAGACUAUGUUGAUAGAGAUCGUUACAAAGGCCGCCGUAGUCGAAGUUACGACCGUAGCGAAAAAAGAGAGCGAGAAUAUUCCAGGUCAAAACUGCGCAAUACAUCAAAGGAACGCGGAUGAUAAUUUUGAAGUAAAUUUAAAGGCGGGCGUAUUUUUUAUUUUUUUGCUUAAGGUGGUCUAUUUUCUAUUGUACAAAAACAAUUACGAGUAUCUUUAAAAUAUAAGUGGAGUAUUUCCUAAAAAUAUUAA